CGGACCCUGAUACAGAAACUGCACUACACCCCCCCAGCCGGACCCUGAUACAGAAACUGCACUACACCCCCCCAGCCGGACAAGAGCUCAGACAUGGCUUUGAAGAGAGUGAAUAGGAUCUUACAGCUCAGCCACAGGGUGAGCCUGACACGCCCCCUCCAUGGCAGUGGGUGUGGCCUGCAUCUGGGAGCCGCCACUCAAACAGGAGUGCCAAUGGAGAGCCCCCGAGCGGUGUUUCGAACUUCAGAAUGGGACCCUGCCAAUCACGGGGACCAGCACGUUGGCCAGUUCUACACCAUUCCUCCCAGUCAGGUGAAAACCGUCUUCCCACAUGGACUGCCUCACCGAUUCCAGCAGCAGAUCAAGACGUUCAACGAGGCCUGCGUGAUGGUGCGGAAGCCGGCGCUGGAGCUGAUUGGCUACCUGAAGAAGGCAGACCCCGCCCACCCCAGCGUGCGCUACGUGCUCUAUGGGGAGAGGGGCACAGGGAAGUCUCUGUCUCUGUGUCACGCUCUUCAUCACUGCAGCCUGCAGGACUGGCUCAUCCUGCACAUCCCUGACGCUCACCUGUGGGUGAAGAACUGCAAGGAGCUGAUGCCCUCCUCCUAUCACAGGGCUCGCUUUGACCAGCCAAUCGAGUCGUCCGUGUGGCUCAAGAACUUCCGAGUCACUAACGAGCGCUUCCUGAAGCAGAUCAAGACGAGUCAGAAGUACGUCUGGAGCAAGCGGGAGUUCACUGACGAGGGUCGGCCGCUAGGGGAGAUCGUGGACCAGGGAGUGGCCCGAGUGAAGAAUGCCAGUGAUGCAGUGGGAGUGGUUCUGAAGGAGCUGAAGGCCCAGGCCCGGCCCGGUUCCUAUCGCCUGGUGGUCGGUGUGGACGGGGUCAACGCUCUGUGGGGACAGACCACCCUGCGGAAGGAGGACAGGAGUCUGAUUGACCCCAGUGAGCUGACCCUCGUUCACAACCUGAGGAAGAUGAUGAAGAACGACUGGUGCGGCGGAGCGGUGAUCGCCACGGUAACGCAGACCGGCUCAGUCUUCACGCCUAGCUCCGCCUACCUGCCCCAGGAGCUGCUGGGAAAGGAGGGUUUUGAUGCUCUGGACCCCUUCCUGCCUGUCUCAGUGCCAGCCUACAGUGAGAAGGAGUUUGAGAGCUGUUACCAGUAUUACAGAGACCGGCGCUGGAUUCAACAUCACAGAGGACACACCGAGGAGGGCAAGAAGGAGCUUCUCUUUCUGAGCAGCAGUAACCCUGCUGCCCUGGAGAGGAUCUGUGCUUUCCUCUGAGGAAGAGACGGACAGAAACCGCCUCCAUUCCAGCUCCUACCCGCCCCCCCCCGCGACUGCGGGAGAGCCGGAGCCCAGCUGGAGCCCACCGCAGUGCAGUAUCGGACGAGUUUCUCUGCUCUGUUUGCAUCACGGCUUCUAGAUUCAGUUCCUUUUUAAAAAUGCAUUCCCCAGUUCCUUUUAGAAGAGAGCGGAAUUCAUAUUUUGUCAUUCAGCUGCUGCCGUUUCAUCUGAAACCGGAGUUUGAAUUCACUUGCAGACGACGGCUUCCAUGGAAGAGAUUUCUUUUGCCGCUGUUGUGAGAAGCUGGUUUCAACGCAGCGCAUUGACCCGCUGGAAUUGAGGGAAAGGGAAUGGGGAUGUCAAAAGGAAUGAUGCCAUCUUAUUAUUGUCAUUGUUUGAAAAGGUGCAGUAAUAAACCAGUAUGCCACAAAAUCAA